AAAUAUUGUUUUCACAUUUUGUACAACAUAUAAACCUCUUUUAAAUAUCGUUCACCCCGAUGUGAAUACAGCAUGAUGAGGUCACGUGACCUGUACCUACAUAUAAACACGCCAAUCAACAAAGAAGUCGCGUUAUUCACCCUCUUACCACUACCACCACCAAGUGCGAUCAUCUUCUAUUCAUCUAACACACCACGCACACAUACCAUAAACUAUAAUGUCUGGACGCGGCAAAGGUGGAAAGGGUCUCGGAAAGGGCGGUGCCAAGCGUCACCGCAAGAUUCUGCGUGAUAACAUUCAGGGUAUUACCAAGCCCGCUAUUCGUCGCCUUGCCCGCCGUGGAGGUGUGAAGCGUAUCUCGGGCCUCAUCUAUGAAGAGACUCGUGGUGUUUUGAAAAUCUUCCUUGAGAACGUUAUUCGUGACUCGGUUACAUACACUGAGCACGCCAAAAGGAAAACCGUGACGGCGCUUGAUGUUGUGUAUGCUCUUAAGCGCUCCGGUCGCACGCUCUACGGCUUUGGGGCAUAAGCCUUUUAUAUUUAUUCUUGUGCGGUUUCGAUUUGUUGAGCGGGAGUUACCAGUUGGUGGUGAUCAACGAUAGCGCUCGUUUCUGGUGUAGGAUUUGCGUGAUAUGUUACUGCAGCUCAAUGUUACUCGCUAGGUCUACAAUAUGAUGUACACUAUUCCUGUCGUAGAAGCACUCAUGCCAUGUAUUUGACAGUGACCAGAAGUAUGCAAACUAACUGGUGGAGUGUACUGUUGACUGCGAAUCGCCUGCAUAAUUUAGAUAU